AUGCAGCGGUCCUCAGACACAGACCACCGCAAACCCAUUGGUCCUCAGACACAGACCACCGCAAACCCAUUGGUCCUCAGACACAGACCACCGCAAACCCAUUGGUCCUCAGACACAGACCACCGCAAACCCAUUGGUCCUCAGACACAGACCACCGCAAACCCAUUGGUCCUCAGACACAGACCACCGCAAACCCAUUGGUCCUCAGACACAGACCACCGCAAACCCAUUGGUCCUCAGACACAGACCACCGCAAACCCAUUGGUCCUCAGACACAGACCACCGCAAACCCAUUGGUCCUCAGACACAGACCACCGCAAACCCAUUGGUCCUCAGACACAGACCACCGCAAACCCAUUGGUCCUCAGACACAGACCACCGCAAACCCAUUGGUCCUCAGACACAGACCACCGCAAACCCAUUGGUCCUCAGACACAGACCACCGCAAACCCAUUGGUCCUCAGACACAGACCACCGCAAACCCAUUGGUCCUCAGACACAGACCACCGCAAACCCAUUGGUCCUCAGACACAGACCACCGCAAACCCAUUGGUCCUCAGACACAGACCACCGCAAACCCAUUGGUCCUCAGACACAGACCACCGCAAACCCAUUGGUCCUCAGACACAGACCACCGCAAACCCAUUGGUCCUCAGACACAGACCACCGCAAACCCAUUGGUCCUCAGACACAGACCACCGCAAACCCAUUGGUCCUCAGACACAGACCACCGCAAACCCAUUGGUCCUCAGACACAGACCACCGCAAACCCAUUGGUCCUCAGACACAGACCACCGCAAACCCAUUGGUCCUCAGACACAGACCACCGCAAACCCAUUGGUCCUCAGACACAGACCACCGCAAACCCAUUGGUCCUCAGACACAGACCACCGCAAACCCAUUGGUCCUCAGACACAGACCACCGCAAACCCAUUGGUCCUCAGACACAGACCACCGCAAACCCAUUGGUCCUCAGACACAGACCACCGCAAACCCAUUGGUCCUCAGACACAGACCACCGCAAACCCAUUGGUCCUCAGACACAGACCACCGCAAACCCAUUGGUCCUCAGACACAGACCACCGCAAACCCAUUGGUCCUCAGACACAGACCACCGCAAACCCAUUGGUCCUCAGACACAGACCACCGCAAACCCAUUGGUCCUCAGACACAGACCACCGCAAACCCAUUGGUCCUCAGACACAGACCACCGCAAACCCAUUGGUCCUCAGACACAGACCACCGCAAACCCAUUGGUCCUCAGACACAGACCACCGCAAACCCAUUGGUCCUCAGACACAGACCACCGCAAACCCAUUGGUCCUCAGACACAGACCACCGCAAACCCAUUGGUCCUCAGACACAGACCACCGCAAACCCAUUGGUCCUCAGACACAGACCACCGCAAACCCAUUGGUCCUCAGACACAGACCACCGCAAACCCAUUGGUCCUCAGACACAGACCACCGCAAACCCAUUGGUCCUCAGACACAGACCACCGCAAACCCAUUGGAAUAA